AUGUCAAUUAAACAACGUUCUAAAAUUUCUGAUUGUUUUGCUUUUUUACUCUCUUCAAAAGCUGGUGGCUGUGGACUUAAUUUAAUUGGAGCAAAUCGUUUGGUUAUGUUCGAUCCAGAUUGGAAUCCUGCAAAUGAUGGUCAAGCAAUGGCUAGAGUUUGGAGAGAUGGACAAAAAAAGACUUGUUUUGUCUAUAGACUUCUUUCGAGGGGUACAAUUGAAGAAAAAAUUUUUCAAAGACAAACACAUAAAAAGGCGCUUUCUUCUUGUGUUGUGGAUGAAGUAGAAAAUGUUGCGAGGCAUUUUAGUGCUGAUGAAUUAAAAACAUUAUUCCAAUUGGAGACACAAACAAGUAGCGACACACACGAUAAGCUUAAAUGUCAACGUUGUAUGAACGGAAAGGAAAUGAAAGAUCCGCCAGAAACGGCUGAUACAAAUUCUGAUUUGGCUCUAUGGCAUCAUUCUGAACGUGCUCAUCGAAAAGUUCCUGAUCAAAUUAUUCGUUCUCUUAGAGAGUGUGUUAAGGAUAUUACAUUUGUUUUUCACCAAAAAUCACAUGAUGGAGUUAAUAAUCGUGAAUUAUCUCCUCCACAACAAUCACAAGAAGAAAAUAAAAAUGAAGUUGAAGAAGAUGAAAACAAAGAAGAAGAAAAAAUUUUAGAAAAAGGGGAAGAAAAUGAGAGGGAUGAAGGAGGAAAAGAUAAAGAAAUAUUUGAAAAACAAAAAACCCCACCAAAAAAAUUAACAGCAAAAAAAGUUUUGAAUAAAUCUGGAAGAAAAAGAAGUCAAGAAGAAAAUAAUGUAAGUGAAUAUAAAAAUGUAAAUGAGGAAAUUAUUAUUUUGUAA